AUGGCAGAAUCAUCGCCUCAGCCUUCAAAAGCGCCCUCGCGGUCAUUUCGCUCUUUCAUCUGGGACACGGAUACGCACCUGAAGAGUCAUGAAGAGCGCGUAUUGCUUCGCAAGUUGGAUUGGUCAAUCUUGACCAUAGGAUGCUUAGGCUUCUUCAUGAAGUAUCUCGAUCAGGGAAACCUUGCAAACGCCUACGUCUCAGGAAUGCAGGAGGACCUCAAGAUGUUUGCCAACGAGUAUACGUAUGCUCAAAUGGUUUACACCUGCGCCUAUGCUGUGAUGCAAAUUCCGAGUACUUUGAUUGUUCAGAAGAUCAGGCCGAGCAUAUGGUUGGCCGCAAUGGAAGUCGGAUGGGUAUUCCUUGCCCCUCUCGGGAGAUCUCAAGCACGCAUGCAUGCUGACACUAUCGUUCUUCAGGGUAUCUUUACAUUUGCCCAGGCAGGGACGCAGAACGUUGGCCAGCUCUACGCAUUUCGAUUCCUUGUCGGAUUCUUUGAAAGCUCUUUCUUUCCUGUCUUACUUUAUGUACUUGGAAGCUGGUACACCAAAACAGAGCUUGCAAAGAGAAGCCUCGACGGUGCCCAUGGCCACGCAGGGUGGCGAUGGUUGUACAUCGUCUGCGGAUGCAUGACGAUUCCCGUCGGCGUUGCGACCCUUUUCGUCUUACCGGACACACCGUACACGACCAAGUCGAGGUUUCUGACCGCCAAAGAAUGCGAGCUGGCCAUUGAUCGAGUAACGAAGGCUGGUAAAGCGGCACCUGCAGGAGUCACCUUGGCUACUUUCAAAAGAGUCCUUCUGAAGUGGAGGUGGUACGCUUUUGUCUUGGGCUAUGUCCUCUACGGUGAAUCUUGCCAAUCGGGUGGAUAUUUUGCCAUCUGGCUCAAGGCGGAGAAAUUUUCGGUUGUAGACAGAAAUGUCAUCCCAACCGGCUCAAAGCUCAUCAGUGCUUUCUGUAUCAUUCUCUGGGGCUUCCUGUCGGACUACACCGGAAGCCGCUUUGCAUUGAUCAUCUGCCCAUUGCUGCUGGCCUUGAUCCCAAACGGCAUCUUGGCUUUCUGGCCACCAAGCGUGCAGCUGAAGUUAUUUGCUUUCCUGACGAGCAGUGUGCAUCUCAUGACGGCGGUAUUCUACACUUGGGCGAAUGAAAUAUGCGCCGGCGACAAUGAGGAGCGCGCUUUGGUCAUCAGUAGUAUGAAUGGAAUGCAAUAUGCCGUCGACGCAUGGCUUCCCCUUGUCAUCUUUCCGCAAACCAUGGCUCCAACCUUUAGAUACGGGUUUCCUGCAACGUUUGGUUUCAUCAUCGCCGCAAUCAUUGCAGUGGUUGGUAUCCGCCUUUUAGUUUUCCGAGAACAGAAGCGAGGAUCUAAGGAUGGAGAGACAACUUUGGAAUCUGGAGGAGUGGAAUUUCACCCUGAAGGAAAUGAGAGCAUCGGGGAAAGCGACGGGACCGACAAGAAGUAG